GUCGCCUGGGGGAGGGGGUGUUUAGUAAUAGGGAACAGUGAUCACCCCCUCUCCGAAGGGGAAGAAGGGUGGGUGGAAGAGAAAACGCCCUAAACCACUCACGCCCUAAAGGUCUUGUGGGAUUCUCAAAGGGAGUGGGGCUCGUACCUGAAUUCCCCGUCUGUUUUCUUUACGCGUAGCUCAACGGGGCUGUUCGAUCGAUGCAGCUCAAGGCAUAUCCUUCCUCGUAGCUUCAGGCGUCGUUCCUUGCUCGUAGCUCGAGUUUUUCCAUGCGUGCGGCUCAAGCCCAGCCCCUGUGUUUUCAUCACUUCGGUGAUCGAACGCUGUUUGUGCUGUGUGGGUAGCCUCGCGCAGAGUGGCGGCGGACCCUGUAGCGGAUAUGAUGGCGCGGGCCGAGGCAGAGUCGCUUGCUCAACCAUCUGGCCGCGUGCACCAGCCCCUGCCCCUCUCCCUCGUCAUCGGAGGGCGCCCACCACCUGUAGGCCGGGCCGAUCCUGGGCCCAGGACUGGUGCAUCGGCCUUCCUUGCCAGGCUGGUGGGGGGCGUACACACCGAUACGUGGCCAGGGAUGGGCCUGGCCAGGGUCGGUGCACGUGUAUUCCUCGGUCGUUGAGAGAAAGUCGGUGUUUUGAAUGGCGCCUUCUUCUUUCAGGGAUCGAGUGGUUUUCCCUCUUCCUUCCGUCUUCAGGGGGCGGGCGGAGAUCCAGCUUUUUUCGGCGUGCACGUCGUGUUCGUCGACUCCCCACUGCUCCCUUGGCACGGCCGGGGGGCCCAGGACUGGUCAGGUCCUGGCCUGGCCCUCCCUGGCCCCCCGACCAUCGGUGGCACGUGGCAGCGUUAAAUGGAACAAGCAGCAGCUUUUCCGGACGGAUGGGCGUGACUGGGGUGCCCUUGUCCCCACCCCUCCCCGCCUGCGGCCGAGGCAGAGCACCAGCAGGGCGCAGCCUCUCCGCGCCAAGUCCUCCGACUGCCUCUGCCAGUGACUGCGGAGGCCCCCCGCCAAUCGCCCGGCUCGUCGCCGAGCGAGGCGCCCGCGCGAUCGCCUCGCGGCUGCGCCAGCACCCGCACGGUGCUCCCUCGCUCCUCUCUGGGGAGGGCACUCGCGCGGUCUGGAAGGUGCGGCUUCUGGUGACUCGCGGUGUGAUUCGCCGGUGCAGCGGAGUGAAGGCGCAGAGGCGCCCCGCCCCCCCCUCUGCUCUUUCAUUCUUCCACAUCUCCGGGGGGGGGUCACCACCCACCAACCCACCCCAACCCAACCCGAAGGCCCCGAUUUGCCC